UGCUUUAACUGCAAGGUGACCAAGACCCCUCUUUGGAGAAGAACUCCUGAUCGCAAGCACUCUCUUUGUAAUGCCUGUGGUCUUUAUUACAAGCAAUAUAAUCACCAUCGUCCUCUUCAUGUUCGAAACAAGACUCAUACCGUUCAAAUGAAUCAAGAAUGUGCCAACUGUCAUCAGACUCAAACCCCCUUAUGGCGCAAGAAUGAGCGUGGCGAGCCUGUCUGUAAUGCCUGUGGUCUCUAUGCCAAGCUUCAUCAUCGUGACAGACCUGCAGAAAUGCGCAAGACAACGAUUCAAAGACGUCGUCGU